CGAUAUUAUAAACAUCAAACAAAUGUUACGACUUACGAAUUUUAUUUUUUACUUACUAUAACACAACUAUAUACCUACUGACAACUAAAUUCAUAGUCGAUUUACUUAGCUUAGCACUCUUUUUUAUUAUGUGAUUUUUAAAUAAUAAUUUAAAAAAAAAACUACAGCUAACUCUUACACGCCCAUUAUAUUAUUACCUGCUAAAAUGGAAGACUCGCCUUCAAUAGAAACCGUAUACGAAGCUAUUUACGCGCUCUACAACCAAAACACUAACCCCGCUGAAAAGCAGCAAGCCUCAAACUGGCUGAACGAAAUGCAGAAAUCGGUAUACGCUUGGAAGAUUGCUGACGAAUUGUUAGCUAGGAAGGUGGACCUGAACUCGUGUUAUUUAGCGGCACAGACAAUGCGCUCAAAAUUACAAAACUCCUUUCACGAAUUACCCCAAGAUUCGCAUGCAUCGUUGCGAGAUGCCCUACUAAAUCAUUUGUCAAAAUUAGACGAUACUACUGACGGAGUAAUUGCUACGCAGUUAUGCGUUGCAUUGGCACACUUAGCUCUCCAAAUGGGUUCGUGGAAGAACGCUGCUGUAGACAUUGCAUCACGAUACAAUUCGUUAAAAACAUGUUUCAUUCUAGAGUUGUUGACUGUGUUGCCAGAAGAAGUCAAUUCUCGAACGUUACGUUUGGGUGCUAAUCGUCGUUCUGAAAUUUAUACUGAAUUUAGUGAUAACUUACCAGCUGUUAAUCAAUUACUAGAGCUGUGCUUGACAUCUGAAGCAAAUGAUGAACGCAUACAAAUCCGAUCAUACAAGUGUUUUGCGUCAUGGUUGAAUAUCAGAAGUGUAUCAUUAUCACAAGUCUGGCACAGCAAUGUGCUAUCAAAUGCAUUUAAUGUGUUGUGUAGUUUUGAUGGGUCUAAUAUGGUUCAAGAAGCGGCUGCUGAUGCAGUAAUUGCCUUCCUCCAGAAUCUAGAAGAUAAUAACAAUCAAGAUGAAAUACAAAUUGAAAUUUUAAAUUCAGUUAGUAGAUUAGAGCAGGCUUACAUGAUGUCCGUUACUAAUGAAGACUUGGAUCGAACGGUUAAUUACUGUAGAAUAUUCACAGAGUUAGCAGAAUCUCUAGUAAUGACUAUGAUUAACAAAAGCCUAGGAUCUAAUGGUCUACCACAUUUCUCUAUCAAAGCCUUGGAUUCGGUUAUUUUAUGUGCAAACCAUCAUGAUUAUGAGGUUUUAUUAAUAACAUUUAACCUAUGGUUUAGAUUAUCUGAAGAAUUAUAUAAAAUAAAUAAUGUUGUUUUAACUGAAAUGUUUAAACCUUAUUUUGAGCAAUUAAUUGGUGCUUUAUAUAAACACUGUAUGAUUGACACAGAUCAUGAAGGACUAUUGGAUGAAGGCACAGAAGACUUCGCAGAUUUCAGAAUGAAAUGUUCAGAUUUGAUUAAAGAUGUAGUGUUUAUAGUCAGUUCAUCAGCUGUUUUUCAACAAAUGUAUAUGCUCUUGCAAACAGCUUCUGUGUCCAAUGUCACUUGGGAUCAAAUGGAAGCAGCACUGUUUAUUAUGCAAGCCAUUGCUAGGAAUAUAUUGCCACAUGAGAAUGAAGUGGUUCCGAAAGUGGUUGAAGCUAUACUGAAUAUGCCAGAAACUGUUCACAUAAACAUGAGAUACACUUCUGUGAUGCUGUUAGGAGAGUUAUGCGAAUGGAUAUCACAUGAACAACAUUCAGAAACAUUGGAACCAAUAUUGAAUUAUCUACAGUAUUGUUUGCGCCAACCAAAUCUUGCUGCAGUCACAGCAAAAUCUUUACAUAGUAUUUGCACUACUUGCCGACAUCACAUGGUCAAACAUCUCAGCGGACUUAUUGAAAUCCUAAAAGUUGUCGAUAUGCUAAAUUUGCCAAAUGAUGUUGCGAUUGGGUUAUUAAAAGGUGUUGCCGUUAUUGUUGCUGAAGUACCCGAAGAACAUGUGUAUAAAGCAAUCAAAGAAAUUUGUGGGAGACAGUUAAGUCCAUUACUAGCUCUAGUUGAGUCUACAUCAGAGAAAACUGUUCCUGAAACUAAUACUUCGACAGACCCAAUAUAUUGGUUGGAUCGAUUAUCAGCAAUUUUAAGACAUUUAGCAACAAAAACAAAUAAUGAAAAAGACCCUUGUGUAGUUGCUAUUGUUGAAAUGUGGCCAUCUAUGUCCAAAAUUUGCACUAGAUAUAAAACAGAUUCACGUAUCACUGAACAUUUUUGUCGGUGUCUUCGAUUUAUGAUUAGAUUGGUUAGUCGGUCAACAACUGCACUUUUAGCACCAGUUGCUCAACAAAUGGCGUAUUUAUAUAAAGAGCAUCAUCACAGUUGUUAUCUUUAUAUUGGUUCAAUUUUGGUUGAUGAGUAUGGUUCCAAAUACGAUAACCCACUCGUUAUGACACAAUGUCACUCACUCUUAUUAGAAAUGAUAGAUGCGUUUAUUGAACCAGCAUUCCGAUUAUUUAGUGAAAAAGAUGGACUCAGAAACUAUCCAGAUACCGUUGACGAUUUCUUUCGAUUGGCAUGCAGAUUUAUUCAAAAACUUCCAAUGCCUUUCCUUCAGUCUCCAGUACUUGAAGUGAUCAUUAGGUGCAGUAUAACCGCUGUUUCGUUGGACCAUAAAGAAGCUAAUGCAUCUGUUAUGAAAUUUCUAUUAGAUUUAUUAUUAUGUGGAAAAUCAAGAAAAGACAGUAUAAAUAAUGAAGAAUGUAGACAAUAUGUUACCUCCAUUGUAAAUUCAAUUGGUGAACAAUUAGUAGACAAUUUAAUUCAAGCGAGCGUUUUCUCACUUCAAACAUACAUGUUGCCUGAUGUGAUAGACGUGCUAAUUGAACUGAUGGCAUAUGAUAAAGUUCAAACCUUAAGAUGGUUAAAUGGAGCUGUUGAAAAAUUACCAAAGCAAAACUCUGCCGGUUUAGUUACAGCAACAAACGAACAGUGUUUGCAAUUUUUAAACUCUUUUCAUAGUUAUGAAAAUGAUGGAGAGCUGUGUCGUUCAUUACGAGAAUUCUCGCGGUAUUUUCGGUAGUGUUGACUGUAAUUAAUAUAUUUAAAUGUUUUAAUGUUAUACAUUUUUUGACUUUGCUGUUUAAAUCAUUUUGUUUUGAAUUUGUAAUAAUUCACCCCAUUUGAUUGUGCUUAUAGUUGUGAAAAAAACAAACUUUAUGGUCAAUGUUAAAUCACUUUUAAUUGCAUUAUAGUUAAUAUACUAACUAACUAUUGUGUACAAAUAAAUGAUCACCAAUUGAGCAUAUUUUUCACACACCUUUUGUUUGAAAUGUUUAUUAUUGAGUAAUGUACAAGAGAUAUCCAAUAGUUUUCCUUUAUUUAUUUACCUAAAGAAAUAACUCAAAUAAUUUGUAUUCACUAAUCUUUGAGCAUUAUGCCAAAAAUAUAAUUUUAAAUAUCCAACAGCAUAUUUAGUUUUAAAAAUGGUAUUUUUCUCUGGUUCCUACUUCAACAAUAAACAUUCAAGUUUAAUGAUUGUCUGAAAAGUGUUCCCGUAGAUUAGCGAGGGGUAGCAUUAUCUACCUCAGUCUUUAAUUGACCAUUGUAUAUAGUUUGAAUACUUAAUUGUAAUUAAAGUUUUUUGUUUUUAAAAUUCAUAA